AUGAAUUAUAUAUGGUUAAUAUGGUGUAUUUUAACAUGGAUAACAGCUAUGUUAUGUACCAUUGGUUGUUUAUUACCAUAUUGGUUAGAUGGUAAAAUUUUUUCUAAUGAUAAAAUUAUUAUUCAUGAACAAAAUCAUAUAAAAUAUACUACUAUUCCUACUACUUAUUAUUAUAAAGAUAUAUCAAGUACAUUAAAUUUAUUUCGUCGUUGUAUUUAUCCAGUAUAUACAAAUCUAAUUACAGAUAUUUUAUCAGAAAAUUCAUUAAAAGCAAAAUUAUUUUUUAAUCAACCAAUUAAUUAUAAAUUAAAUAUAAAACAACAUAAUUUCGAAUCAUCCCUUAUUCAUAUACAAACUAAUUGUGGUUAUUAUCAAUUUUUUGAUAUACCACAUAUAGCAUGGAGAUAUAGUUUAAUAUUAUUAAUUAUCAGUUGUUGUAGUUUAUUUUUUUUAGCAUUUCUUUUAUCAUUUAUUGGGUGUUAUUUAAAUUUUUUAUGGAAAUUAAAUAUACAUCGUAUAUGUCAAUUAGGUUUAUUAUUAACUGGUCUCUUAAUCCUAUUAUGUUGCAUCCUGUUUCCUAUUGGAUGGUCUGACAAUGAUGAAAUUAUUCAAAUAUGUGGUGAAAGGCGUUCACGAUUCGAUUUAGGUCAUUGUCAACUUGGAUGGGCCUAUGUGGUAACAAUAAUGAGCGGUUUAUUAUCAAUCUUUAGUUCUGUCUUUCCAAAUCUAUGCUUUCCAAAGAUACUAUUUGAAAUUAAACAAAAUAACAAAUCUCAGCGUAUUAAAUCUAAUGAAAAACAAACAGAUGAUGGAUUAAUACCACAUUUUUUAUCACAUGACUUGUCAAUGACGCCAACAAUUUUAGCGCCAGCCACACCAGGUGGACCACCAUCAAUUGAAACUGUAUCAACUAGUUUACGUACGUCUGAUCCACGUAUUCAUCAUGUUGGUUUCGAAUCACCAUGGUUAAAAACUUGGGCUUGCUUAAAUACACCCACUCAACAUCAGUCACAUGGGCCAGUGGUACUAAUACACCCGGAUUAUAAUUUAUCUCCAUAUUCAGGUGGUUGUUAUAAUGGAGAUAAUCAAUUAGGAUAUAGUCAAGGAAGUUUAGAUGACACUUCAUCAGUCGGGACAGAGAAGAAAUCUGCUAUUGUUAAUUCACUGAAACCAGAUGUCGCCAAAAAUUUAACGCAAAACAUGGAAAACAAUAAAAGUAACAAUUAGAUGGGUGAUAUGGAACAAGUUCACAAUAUCUUACAUGAUCUUUCACAUUAUGUAUUAAUUCAUCAUACAUGAACUAUUUGCAC